CGCGGGAGCGCCCGGGGCCGCGCCGGGCCGGGCCGCCGAGCUGCGCGCAAAGAGGCUCUGCAUUGACGUCACAAUGACACGGUGAAGCUGAAGGCAGGAGCUGGGAACAGUUCUUCUGCUGCACUUUUGAUAAUUGAGGGAGUUUGCCACCACUGCGUUCCUGCCAGCAUGGCCAAGAGUGCAGAAGUGAAGUUGGCGAUCUUCGGUCGAGCCGGCGUGGGCAAGUCAGCUCUCGUGGUGCGCUUCCUGACCAAGCGGUUCAUCUGGGAGUACGACCCAACGCUAGAGUCGACAUACCGUCACCAAGCUACCAUUGAUGAUGAAGUGGUUUCCAUGGAGAUACUAGACACAGCUGGCCAGGAGGAUGCCAUUCAGAAAGAGGGACACGUGCGAUGGGGCGAGGGCUUCGUGCUGGUUUACGACAUCACGGACAGAGGCAGCUUCGAGGAAAUGCUGCCGCUUAAGAACUUGUUGGAUGAAGUCAAAAAGCCCAAAAACGUCACCCUGAUCCUGGUGGGGAACAAAGCAGACUUGGACCACUCCAGGCAAGUCAGCACGGAGGAAGGUGAAAAGCUGGCCACGGAACUGGCGUGUGCUUUUUACGAGUGCUCCGCUUGCACGGGAGAGGGCAACAUCAUGGAGGCGUUCUACGAGCUCUGCCGCGAGGUGCGGCGCCGCAAGAUGGUCCAGGGCAAGACUCGGAGGCGAAGCUCCACCACCCACGUCAAGCAGGCCAUUAAUAAGAUGCUCACCAAAAUCAGCAGCUAAAAAGAGCUCUCCUAAGCCAGAGAAGCGUUUUAGAGCGUAUUAGCUUGGAGUAGGGAUGGGGCAAGCAGAGCGCGUUUAAUGAGAAGUGGUCAAAACUUUGCAAUGAAGAAAAAAAACUACAAAAAGACAAACACCGCCACUUUUUUGAGUAACACGGAAUCAUACUAUUUUCCUGUUUUGAGAUGUAUUUAGCCACACUGCUUUUGACUACUGUGGGGGGGAAAAAAAAUCAAACACCAAAUGAACUCCAAAUGACUAGACAAUUGUGGGGAUUGGCAACCAAGAGAGAAAGUUCUGCUUCUACGUGGCUAGCUCCAAUCCCCUGCAAGUCAGUAGUGCCUAAACAUCACUUCCAGCCAGACUGCUGCUCAGUAGCCAUUGGAGAGUAAGAUUCAGCCCUCAGUCCAUCAACAACCAUCACAACUGGUGUUCUCCAGGACUGAAUACGUGUAGAGACUUCUGUGUUGAAACAGAAAGUUCACCUGAACACCUUCACCAGCUCUGAGUUGGCUCAUUGUACGCUUUCACUCCUUCCUUGUUAUUUUUGUCAAAUCCAUGAGUGUUGAUGUUCUUAGCAAGGUAUGCAAAAAAUAUAGGAAAGGUCUAUUUCCUGGAGUGUUUAGCCAGCUAGACACACAUUUCAAGAGAGCUAGAGUUCAGCUGCUCUUACAGCUCCUCUGAAACUGUAGAGUUCUCCAGAAAUAAUCAUUUAGUCCAGCAGCAUUUCACCAUUUCCCCUCAAAGCAUUGCACUGUGCUUGGGGAAAUGGGAGUAUGUGUGCUGGGAAAUCAAACUGAAAAAAAAAAAAAAAGAACCAUAUUACUAUUGAUUUAGCUAUGGUUAGUAUUUAGAUUUUUUUUUGGCUUUUUUUUUUUUUGAUUCAAGUAGUUCCUCUUAGUUAGUUUUAUACUGAAGAACUGAAUCGUUGGGAAGGCAAGUAUUUACAGUCUAAGCCCAAAUGUAAAUCAGAACUGAAUGGCCACUAUCAUAUCAAAAGACCAUAAUAUUCAGCCGUUUAAACUUCCAGAUUCUGCUUGGAGCACUCUAGGGCUCAAAGCAAUGCAGGUUUUUUGUGACUUUUAUCUGACACAUUGAAGCGGAAAUGCAUUUUAUCAGAUUUUGGUGCCUGGGAUGUCCAGUGCUUUCCUUCGCCCUCAUAAUCUCAUUCAAGCCAGCUGCCAAGUUUUGCCUCCUGUCU